AUUCUGAAAAGUUACUCAAUUUGGCAAGAAAACUGCCAAGUUGGUAUUAAUGGUUGGUCCCGCAGGAUGCUACCCCAAAAAUUCCAUCCAAAUGUGAUGUAGACUUUCAGAGUAAGAGCCAACCAUUCCGGUUCUGGCAGUAACUCGACUCCUCUUGGAGAUUGGGCGGGCCCUCGCGGGUCUCGAGGCUGUGCGUCGUGAACGCGCCCGCCAGCUCAGGCACGCACCCGCCGCGCGGCCACGCCACCGGCCAGGCUUCCCCCCCCACCCCCGUCUCCUUCCUGUUGUUCCAACUCCAUUUUCCCCUCUCCAAAGUCCACCUUGGCCGCCGUCUACCGGGGCGACGACGCGUGGAACAGCAGCGGAGCGCCGAGGGUCGCCGGCGCCCACAGUCGCCGCCGCCGGGUGUCGAGACUUCCAGGUCCUCCCGAGUCUACCGCUCGGCCGGCCCGCAACUUUUUCAGCGGUCACGGUGACGUCAACUCCGUCACUUCGUGGGCUGAGAUGGCGGGUGCUUCGGUCAAGGUGGCAGUGCGCGUCCGGCCGUUCAACGCCAGGGAGACAGGGCGCAAUGCCAAGUGUGUCAUCCAGAUGCAGGGCAACACCACCUGCAUCGUCAACCCCAAACAGCCCAAAGAUGCAGCCAAGAACUUCACUUUUGACCACUCCUACUGGUCGCACACCAUGGCCGACGACCCGGCCUUUGCGAGCCAGCGUCAGGUGUACCAGGAUAUCGGCGAGGAGAUGCUGCUGCACGCCUUCGAAGGUUACAAUGUGUGCAUUUUUGCGUACGGCCAGACCGGGGCGGGGAAGAGCUACACCAUGAUGGGCAAGCAGGAGGCGGGGCAGGAGGGCAUCAUUCCACAGUUGUGCGACGACCUGUUCCAGAGGACCGGGGCCAACGCCGAUCCCGAUUUGACCUAUUCUGUCGAGGUGUCCUACAUGGAGAUCUACUGCGAGCGCGUCCGGGAUCUGUUGAACCCCAAGUCCCAGGGGACCUUGCGGGUGAGGGAGCACCCCAUCCUGGGACCAUACGUGGAGGACUUGUCCAAAUUGGCUGUGACCGGAUUCUCUGACAUUCGGGACCUGAUGGAUGCCGGGAACAAAGCCCGGACGGUGGCGGCCACCAACAUGAACGAGACGUCGUCGCGCUCGCACGCCGUCUUCACCAUCGUCUUCAGCCAGCGGCGCCGAGAUCUCUUGACCCAGCUGGACACAGAAAAGGUCAGCAAGAUCAGUCUAGUGGACCUGGCGGGGAGUGAACGCGCCGACUCCUCAGGGUCCAAGGGCACCCGACUCAAGGAAGGAGCCAACAUCAACAAGUCUCUCACCACACUGGGAAAAGUCAUCUCUGCUUUGGCCGACAUGCAGAGCAGCAAGAAGAGGAAGAGCGACUUUAUUCCCUACAGAGAUUCGGUGCUGACGUGGCUCCUUAAGGAGAAUCUGGGCGGAAACUCUCGCACGGCCAUGAUCGCCGCUCUCAGUCCUGCUGAUAUCAACUAUGAAGAAACGCUCAGCACUUUGAGGUACGCCGACCGAGCCAAGCAGAUCCGCUGUAACGCCAUCAUCAACGAAGACCCCAACGCCAAACUGAUCCGAGAGCUGAAAGGGGAAGUGGAACGACUUCGGAGCCUCCUCUUCGCUCAGGGCCUGCACGAGCUCAUCCACAACCAGGCCAACAACAACGGCUCCUCCACAGGAGGUGUUUCCUUACCGCUGACUAUCACAGCCAAUGGGACGGCCGAUCUGAAAGACUCCGCCUCUUCAGGUGUGUUUGACCUCAGUGAGUCAGCGGAUGUUAAUCACCUUCCUGCCGGGGAGGCCGAGGUUGCCACGGAAACCAUCAGUAAAGAGGAGGCGGCUGAGAGACUGCUGGAGACAGAGAAAAUCAUGGCUGAGCUCAACGAGACAUGGGAGGAGAAGUUAAGGAAGACGGAAUCCAUCCGUUUGGAGAGGGAGUCGCUCUUGGCCGAAAUGGGCGUGUCCAUUAAAGAGGAUGGAGGGACCCUUGGUGUCUUCUCUCCUAAAGGGACUCCUCACCUUGUCAACUUGAACGAGGACCCUCUCAUGUCCGAGUGCCUCCUCUACUACAUCAAGGAAGGAUUCACCAGAGUGGGACAGCAGGAUGUGGACAUCAAGCUGUCUGGACACUUCAUCAAGGAGAUCCACUGUGUGUUUGUGAGUGAGACCAACGAACAAGGAGAAGUGGUGGUCACUCUGGAGCCACUGGUGGGGGCGGAGACUUAUGUCAAUGGGAAGCAGAUCACGGAAGCGGUCGUCCUCAAGCAAGGGAACCGCAUCGUGAUGGGCAAGAACCACGUGUUCCGCUUCAACCAUCCGGAGCAGGCCCGGCUGGAGCGGGAGCGCAGCGUCACGGCCGACCAGCAGGGGGAGCCCGAGGACUGGACAUACGCUCAGAGAGAGCUGCUGGAGAAACAAGGCAUUGACAUCAAACUAGACAUGGAGAAGAGGCUUCAGGACAUGGAGACCCAAUACCGCAAGGAAAAAGAGGAGGCUGAUCUGCUGCUGGAGCAACAGCGGCUAUAUGCGGACAGCGACAGCGGAGAUGAUUCCGACAAACGCUCGUGCGAGGAAAGCUGGAGACUCAUCUCCUCCCUUCGAGAGAAACUACCUGCCAACAAGGUGCAGUCCAUCGUGAAGCGUUGCGGUCUUCCGAGCAGUGGGAAGAGGAGAGAGCCUCAAAGAGUCUAUCAGAUUCCUCAGAGGAGGCGGAUUAGCAAAGACCCGAAGCGCGUCACCAUGGAGGAUCUUCGCUUGCAGGCCGUCAAAGAGAUCUGCUAUGAGGUGGCGCUGGGAGACUUUCGCCACUCCCGCCAGGAGAUCGAGGCGCUGGCCAUUGUCAAGAUGAAGGAGCUUUGCCGCAUGUACGCCAAGAAGGACGCCAACGAGAAGGACAGCUGGAAGGCGGUGGCGCAGGACGUGUGCGACACGGUGGGCAUCGGGGAGGAGAGGAGCCCCCCCUCGGAGGAGGGAGGUGGAGGAGGAGGAGGUGAGGCCAGCGAAGGGGGAACCGCCUACGACCUGAAGGCUCACAUUGACAAGCUAACAGACAUCUUGGAGGAGGUGAAGCUGCAGAACAACAUGAAGGAUGAGGAAAUAAAAGCGCUGCGUGACCGAAUGAUCAAGAUGGAGAGCGUCAUCCCCGUCAAGGUAGAGGGCGCUACGUCUGAUCAGAGCGAGCAGGAGAACAGCGAAGAAGGGGGCGGGACUCCCCAGAAGGAGGACCGGGUGCAGCGUCUCAUGGACGAGGAUCCGGCUUUCAGGAGAGGGCGCCUCCGCUGGCUGAAGCAGGAACAGCAGAGAAUCGUCAACCUACAGCAACAGAACAUCAGCAAAAAGCUGCGAGGCCUCAAUCAAGGAGAACCCAGUCACAACGUGCACCUCCCCGGGACAGGCCGCUUCAUCCCUCCCCAGGACUGCAAGCUCAAGUUCCCCUUCAAGAGCAACCCGGCGCACCGAUUCUCCUGGGGACCGGCCAGCGCCGCCCUGCAGGCGCUGGGUUUGGGAGAAGGGGAGGUUCCGGGGGAGGGCAGGGGAGGAGCCGAGGGAGGUGGGGUUGAGGGGACCCCCACCCUUCCUUUCCAGGCCCCGCCCCCACGCAUGCGCAGCCCUAGCCCGCAACGUGCCUGGCAACAGCGAAACCACGGCAACCACCGGCAGCAGCGCUACCGCCGAAACUCAUUUGACGGCUCCGCACCCGGCAACGGUAACCAUGGCGGCGGUGAGCAGCACCAAAGGGGCGGGGGUCACCAAGGAAGACCAAGACAGAGGAGGGGCCCAUCACCCGGGCCGGGUGGACAACGGGGGGGAGGCGACGCAGGUUUCCAUUACAACAAACAUCCUGCCCCUCCUCCUCACCAUCAUCAUCAGCAGCAGCAACAUCCGCAUCUUCAUCAUCCGUACUACAACGCCCACAAUGCACCAUUCCCGAACUACCACGCUGCCCCUCCUCUUCCCGCCCAAAUCCUCCUGGGCCCGCCCUUGGCCGGGUGGGGCUUCACCACGCCGCCGCCGCGCAUGAGACGACAGUUCAGUGAGCCGGACCUCAACAACCAGCAAACCCCCUCUGACCUCUGAACUCUGAGCCCGGAUUCGCUACUCCCAACAUGCUGUAUGCAGUAAAACCCCCGCAAUUCACCGGCCGUGGGGACCAGCGGCCCUGUCACAAAUCGUGAAAAACCGCAAGCCAUUGACUCUCCCGCGUUAAAAGGUUUACAACUGCCUAGUUUCAAAGUUUAAACCACAAACAAAGAUCCAAAAACACUAACAGAUACACACAUCCAGAUGAUUUGAUUUCAGGAGAGCAAAAGUGUAUACAUACUAUUUUUUUUAAAAAAUCGGAACAUCAGAUGAACUUACGUCUCAUAUUUUAGAUUUAACCUCUGUAAAUAAUUCAUUUGGCGCAAAGCAUGUAAUUUCUUAAGAUGAAACAAACCAUUUAGUUGCAAGUGGUGGCUAGUUACAAAAUUUGCUUCACACUUUAGAGGUUGAGAGUUGAAAUCCGAGCUCUGGCCUUCGUGUGUGGCGUGUGCAUGUUCACCUUGCGCUGGCUGGGAUUUGCUUCUGGUCCUGCAGUUUCUCCCCGCACUCCAAAUAUGUGCGUGUUAGGUUCAUUAAAGACUCGGAAUUAUCCUUAGGUGCAAAUAUGAGUUUGUUCCAAUCUUCAAAAUUGUUUACAUAGGAAGUAAAAACUUUCAGGUUCACCCUAAAAUAUUAUUUGUGUUAGCCCUUUCAUGCACCCUGUAACCUGAUUACAUGAUAAGCUGUCCACUAUAGUAACCGCUGCCCCUGAAAGCGUUAAGUUAUAAAUCCAACUAGAUUUUUUAAAUUUCAGACCACUUGAAUGAUUGGUUUGCUUCGCUUUUAAGAAAUAAGUAAGAAUGAAGUUGAAAAUGUCCAUUUGUGCUAAAUUAAUUACAUGAGUUAAAGCUAAAAUAUGAGAUGUGAUAGAUUAGUUACAUUUUUUUUCGGUUCACAACCCUCGAACUUCCGCUAACCACCCGGGCUAAACUUAGCUCUGCCCCCACACACGAAAAUCUUAAUAGAAUUCCUUGACAGCAAUGACUACUUUGCUAUUAUCCAGGGCUUUGGUGCCAUCUUAGUGACACAAAAGACCGAAAGCUGCAGUUCGGAGAAUUUGACCACAAAUAAUGGAGGAGACGCUCCUCGAAAAAUAUAAGCGAAAAGGUGAAUUUCUGAAAGGCCAGCCGCUAAUAUGCGGGGGAUUACUGGUGUGUGUGAAUGUGUGUGUGUCUGAGUGUGUGUGUGUGUGUGUGUGUCUGUGUGUGUGUGUAUACACUGUUGCCAUGUAAACAGGUCAUAUGUGUGGAAGCUGGUUUUUUUGACUUGAUGGUGGUCAUGUGAUCACGUCAGCUCCUGCGGCUUACUGCUGUUAGCUUGUUGUAGUUGUUGUUUUUCGUAGAUUUUUUUUUUUUUUUUCGCCCAGGAGGUUAGAUGUAUUGUCAUGCUAAGGCUAUAUAGCGUAGCAUCGGGAAAGCGUUUGAACACACCGACAACAUUGUGUACAAUGAUGAAGACAAACGAUGCUAUGUACAGAAUGGCUUCCAAAGUUAGCAGGUUAGCUGCCUGCUAAUCACUCGAACCAAAGAUGCUGACGCGGUUUAUGUGUACUUUGAAAUGGACUGCAGGAAAUGGAAUCAGUCAGGACGAUUACUGGAAUGCGAAAGUGAAGGAUGUGGAGUUUUGGGAGAAUAUUCGACAAAGCUCAUGGAAUCAUAUUUUGGGAGUUUUUUUGGGGAAGGAGCUGGAAGUGAUGAAGGUGCAGUCGUAGAUUUUUUUUUCUCCAUUUUUCUUUUUUGAGAUGUUUUUUUUUUUUCGCCCCACUCAUGUUAGCCAAUUGAGGGAUCUACAAGCGCCCUGUCCCCGCUGAGCAUGAUGGGAAAUGAUGACCAUGCCUUUAGUGUAACCCCCCCCCCACCUGUGUGUGCUUUCUAACCUCAUCCUCACUCAUAUUAUUAUUCAUUUGAUUAUUAUUAUAAUUAUUAUCAGGAUGCGUUUUCAAGCGGGGGAUUCUCUUGGGUGCUGUUUAUUAGUGUGUAUGAGAACUUGGCGUGUGCGCGCGUGAGUUUCGGAUCACAAAGUGAAGGUUGUUUGGCUUCUAUAAAAGCUUCGGCUUUGUCAUUGUCUCGGAACUUUUAUUUUGCGGUCUUGAACGCCCACGCCUCAAAAGACUGGACCCCAAUAAAGACUACAGCAUCACAACUUCA